CACCGCAAUGGCGAUCUCCGUGGCCAGGUUCGCCGCCCUCACUCUCCUCGCCGGCGCCUCCGCGUUUCUCGCCAAGUCCGGACAAUCUCUGGCUGUGGUGUCCAUUCCUCUCCUCUUAAUCGUCGCGUUCGUUUUGUUCUCCUCCUCCUCCGACGGCGGUGGUAAAACUCCACCUGGACCUGUCGCCUGGCCCAUCUUUGGCAACUGGCUCCAGGUGGGGAACGACCUGAACCACCGGAACCUGGUGGGCAUGGCCGAGAAGUAUGGUGGCGUGUUCCUGCUUCGGCUGGGGGUGCGGAACCUGGCGGUCGUUUCCGACCCCAAGCUCGCCGCCGAGGUGCUCCACACGCAGGGCGUGGAGUUCGGCUCUCGGCCGCGGAACCUGGUGUGGGACAUCUUCACCGCCAGCGGCAAGGACAUGGUGUUCACUGAGUACGGCGACCACUGGCGCAAGAUGCGGCGCAUCAUGACCAUGCCCUUCUUCACCAGUAAGGUAGUCGCGCAGUACAAGGGGAUGUGGGAGGAAGAGAUGGACGCGGUGACGGAGUGCCUGCGGGCGGCGCCGCCCGCAGGCGUCGUGGUCCGCCGCCGCCUACAGCUGAUGCUCUACAACAUCAUGUACCGGAUGAUGUUCGACGCGCGGUUCGAGUCGGUGGAGGACCCGCUGUUCCAGCAGGCGACUCAGUUCAACUCCGAGCGGAGCCGCCUCGCGCAGAGCUUCGAUUACAACUACGGCGACUUCAUCCCCAUCUUGAGGCCCUUCUUGAAGGGCUACUUGGAGAAAUGCAGGGACUUGCAGAGCCGCCGCCUUGCCUUCUUCAACGACAACUAUGUCGAGAAAAGAAGGAAGGUGAUGUCCGCCAGAGAUGGGAGCAGCGACCGGUUGAGGUGCGCCAUGGACUACAUCCUCGAAGCGGAGAUGAACGGAGAGAUCAGCUCCGAUAACGUUAUCUACAUCGUCGAGAACAUUAACGUUGCAGCGAUAGAGACGACGUUGUGGGGAAUGGAGUGGGCGCUGGCGGAGCUGGUGAACCACCCGAGCUGCCAGAAGCGGCUCCGGGAGGAGCUCCGGCAAGUGUUGGGCGAGGAUCCAGUGACAGAGACGAGCCUGCCGCGACUGCCGUACCUGGAGGCGGUGGUGAAGGAGACGCUCCGGCUUCACUCGCCGAUCCCGCUGCUGGUCCCCCACAUGAACCUCGACGCAGCGAAGCUCGGGGGGUACGACAUCCCCAAGCGGACCAAGGUGAUCGUAAACGCGUGGUGGCUGGGGAACAAUCCGGAGUGGUGGUUGCGGCCGGAGGAGUUCCGGCCGGAGAGGUUCCUGGAGGAAGAGCAGGAGGUGGAUGCUGUGGUGGGCGGGGGGAAGGUUGACUUCCGGUUCCUACCCUUCGGGAUGGGCCGGCGGAGCUGCCCAGGGAUCAUACUGGCAAUGCCGCUGCUGGGGCUCGUCGUGGGGAAGCUGGUGAAGGAAUUCGAGAUGGCGCCGCCGCCGGGGACGGAGAAGAUCGACGUGAAGGAGAAGGGAGGGCAGUUCAGCUUGCAGAUUGCAAAGCACGCCACCAUCGUCUUCCGCCCAGUUCCGGCAGCGUGAAGAAAUCAACUAAAUCCCGUCGACGACUGUUCUGAGACGGAAAAUAAUCCAAUCACAUAAAUUCUCUAUCUAUAUACAAAAUGAUAAAUCCUCUACCUAUAUACAAAGUUCCAACUCCAUUUUUAAGAUAGAAUUAAAAUUAUGAUAAAUAUUUAAUUAUUAUAUUAAUAUUAGAUUAUUUUUCAGAAGGAACGCGUUGUACAAUUUGACUAUAACAUUUUGA